GGUAACAGACAUGCGGCGAACCAACACGAUCUGCUGCCUCUCCUGUUACAGCGAUCGAGUUACGCGCGAAAAAAAAAAUAAUAAAAAAAGAAUGUUGCAGUCGAGAGAGAGAGAGAGAGAGAGAGAGAGAGAGAGAGAGAGAGAGAGAGAGAGAGAGAGACUGCAGCAUCACUGGAAAACGACAGCAGCAGUCCCAAACAGCGCAGGUGAGAGGAAAGAGGAGGAGGCGCAUGUGGAGGAGAGAGAGAGGGGGAGAGAAUGCGGGACUCUUGGAAAAAAGACGCAUCUCCACUCAGUUCAUCACUGACAUCCCGGCGGCAGGCUGCGGAGGAUUUACUCUAAACUGACGCUGAUGCUGGGAUUUCCCCUCAGCCUACGUUACACAGACUCCAAAAUCUGAUCAUAUCUAUAUUUUAACAUUUUUUUCCAAGAAAAACUCUUCGCGUUGUCUCCUCUUAACUUGCGUAAAGGAAUCCGCUGUGGCACUGCGGGCAAGCACACAAAAAGACGGCAAAAACUGGAUGUGAAGGUAAGAAAACCGAGAUUAAGAGCUAUCAUCCAGCAGACUUUUCCUUUUUUGAAAACUGUUUUUAUUCCUCUUUUGGGGAUGUGAGUGUUUUUCCUCUGCGUCCGGAGAGCCGGGAAGUGUGGAGCGGUUUUUUUUUUUUUUUUCUCCUCCUCUUUUUUUCCCCUAAGUGGUACUGCAUUGCAGUUUGUGAAAAACGCCACAAAAAAGCCACAUGUGACUGGAAUAAUAACCGUAAUAAAAGAAUCCUUUCCAGGAUGAAGUGAUGCGGAUGUGGCGGGACAGCGCAGUGAAGAUUUCGUGCAGGAAAACGCGAGUGGAUUAAUCACAGUUGAUGCAUUAUAUAUUUUUGGUGCAGCAGAAUGGAUUUUUUAUGCACAUUAUUGCCAUGAGCAACCCGGCAAGAAAAACCGGAUUAUUGCUAUUAUAAUUAUUGGAGAAGUUAAGAUUUUAAGAUUAGAAAUAAUAAUAAAAAAAAGAAUGGAAAAGCAGUGCUGCGUGCGCUGAAGUGAAGUGCGGCGCGCUGAAGCUUCUCCCCGGACUUUAAUCGUCAGUCCGCAGAGAACGAUCCAGGAUAAAUCAAAACUCCCACGCUGCGAGGCAGACACGACCACAAAACAGCCGUCAAGAAGGGGGCAAAGCCGCAGAGGCAGCGGGAGAGCGGGGAGGAGAAGGAGGAAGGAGCCAUGCGGAGGCUUGGUGCAGUGCACUCCUCCUCCGCCGCGCAGGCUCUCAGCCUCGUGGUGCUGCAGCUGCUGACUCAGCUUCCAGGUGCCGACUCAGCUCUCCGGUACCGGGUGGCGGAGGAGGGCCCACCUGACGUCAAGAUCGGCAAUGUGGCCGCCGAUCUAGGCCUCACUGCAGGCACCGGAAGCGGGGACGUCACCUUUGCCCUGGAGAGCGGUCUUGAGUACUUUAAGAUUGACAAUGUGACCGGAGAGCUGACAACCAACACAAGGCGGAUUGACCGCGAGAAGCUCCCCCAAUGCCAAAUGAUUUUCGAUGAAAACGAGUGUUUCUUGGACUUUGAGGUGUCAGUGAUCGGACCCCUGCAGAGUUGGGUAGACCUGUUCGAAGGCCGUGUGGUUGUUACAGACAUCAAUGACAACACACCGUCUUUCCCUUCGCCUGUGCUCCAGCUGUCAGUCGAGGAGAAUCGCCCCAUUGGAACCCUUUAUCUCCUGCCCACGGCGACUGACCGGGAUUUUGGGCGAAAUGGCAUUGACAGGUAUGAACUCAUCCAAGAUGGUGGGGCUACGUCCAGCUCGACAAGACGUGCAACAAGUGGAAACCCAGUUCCAAGAGUGGAUGUUGGACUUGGGGACAGAAGAAGUAGAAGUGGCGAUAAUGGAGGAGGAGGAGCCAGGAGCACCGUGUUUGAACUUCAAGUCGCAGAUACGCCAGAUGGCGAGAAACAGCCACAGCUGAUUGUCAAGGGGCCGUUGGAUCGUGAGCAGAAAGACUCGUAUGAGCUCGUCCUUCGGGUUAGAGAUGGUGGGAGUCCACCACGUUCUUCCCAAGCCCUGCUUCGUGUCUCCAUCACUGAUGUUAAUGACAACAGUCCACGCUUUGAGAGGGCUGUAUAUGAGGCAGAAAUGGCAGAAAAUGCUCCUCCAGGCACACCUGUCCUCCAAGUCAGAGCAUCAGACCGUGACAUUGGUGUCAACGGGCAGGUGGAAUAUGUCUUUGGAGCUGCCACAGAGUCUGUCAGGCGUCUCCUCCGGCUAGAUGAAGCAACUGGAUGGCUGAGUGUUCUUCAUAGGAUUGACAGAGAAGAAGUGUCUCAGCUGAGAUUCACAGUAACAGUCAGAGACCGGGGUCAGCCACCCCGCACCGACAGAACCACCGUCGUUUUGGCCGUCCGAGAUGAAAACGACAAUGUUCCAGUUGUAGAGAUCCGAAAGAUUGGACGGAUCCCCGUUCGUGAUGGAGCGGCAUUGGUGCCAGAGAAUGUUCUCGUGGACACCCCAGUAGCUCUGGUGCAAGUGUCGGACAGAGACCAGGGUGAGAAUGGAGCAGUGACGUGCACCGUCGUAGGAGACGUCCCAUUCACAUUGAAACCAGCUGGAGAAACCGCGCUCCCACCCCUACCUGCAGACGAAGCCUUUGACAGGAACAAGAAAAAAUACUUCUUACAUACUUCAGCCUUGCUGGACUAUGAAGCCACCAAAGAGUACAGUGUUACCAUUGUAGCAGUCGAUUCUGGAAGUCCCAGUCUAUCCAGUAACAGCUCCCUGAUGAUACGAGUAGUAGAUAUCAAUGACCAUGCCCCAACGUUUGCCCAAAGUAUUGUCGAAGUCCACUUUGCAGAGAACAACUCACCCGGAGAAAGAGUUGUUACUGUAGUAGCCACAGAUGCAGACAGUGGCAAGAAUGCAGAGAUCAUAUAUUCUUUGGAUGCAGCUGUUAAUGGGCCAUUUUACAUCGAUGCAGAUAAUGGAGAUAUCCGUGCAACUGGGGUUCUGGAUCGAGAGCAACGAGAACGAUAUGAACUCCGGGUUAUUGCCAAAGACAAGGGUACCCCUUCUUUACAAGGCUCUGCAACAGUUGUUGUUCAAGUGACUGACCGCAAUGACAAUGCACCAAAAUUUGUUCAAGAAAUCUUUACAUUUUAUGUCAAAGAGAACCUACUUGCUAACAGCCCAGUUGGUAUGGUCACAGUGACUGAUGCUGAUGAAGGUGAGAAUGCAGAACUAAGUCUAUUUGUAGAGAUGGCUGGAGAUGGUGAAAGGAAGAUUGGAGGAGAGAAGAUGGAGGGAGAAGGUGGACAGAAAGAGCAAGAAGAGGUUUUUUCCAUUGAGAACAACACAGGAACAAUCUUCUCUUCUGCAUCGUUUGACCGUGAAAAGCUGUCCACCUAUACCUUCCGUGUCCGUGCAGUGGAUGGAGGGGAACCCCGCAAAACUGCCACAGCCACCGUGUCACUCUUCGUCACAGAUGAAAACGACAAUGCCCCUGCCAUCACAUCUCCAGCAAAUGAGUCCUACACCCUCCUUCCACCAGCAAGCAGUGCCCGCACCAUUGUCAGGACUGUAACAGCCAUAGACUCUGACAGUGGCCCAAAUGCAGACCUCCACUAUGCCCUAGUUGGGGGAAACCCUUUCAGACUGUUUGAAAUUGGCCAUACCAAUGGAGUCAUCACCCUUGCAGAACCUUUGGAGAGACGUCACAGAGGUCUACAUCGUCUGGUUGUGCGAGUCAAUGAUAGUGGGGUCCCGUCACUCUAUGCUACAGCCCUGGUUCAUGUCUUCAUCAAUGAAAGCUUGGUCAAUGCAACACUAGUGGAUGCACAGGUGUCUCGUAGCCUGAUGGCUCCACUGUCCCUUGACAUUGCCGGGGAUCCAGAUAGUGAGCGUGCAUUAGGGAAACAGCGCCUCAGUGUGGCUAUUGGUGUGUUAGCGGGAGCUGCAGCAGUCAUUCUGGUGAUCCUGCUGGUUGUCACGGCCCGGCAGUGCGGUGCACAGGGCAAGAAUGGCUACGAGGCCGGCAAGAAAGAACCAGAGGAAGACUUCUUCAGUCCUCAAGGGGCUCAGCCGCAGGUCGCCCGAGGUGGAGGAUCAGACCGGGGACGUAAACCUCGCCGUGACAAACGCAACGGAAGUGGUAGCAAUGCGGCUGCAGGUGGAGGCAAGUCAGACAGGUCGCUGUACAGCGGCAUUGUUACCGUGAAUGGACUUCGUCGGCACGCCAACGAUGAUGAUGAGGAAGACAUGAGCAGUGCUAGUGAGCGGCUGGCGGCCCGCUAUUGUGCCAUGGAUGGUGACCCUGGUAGCCCUCGAAUGAGUGGCGGCAGGAGGCACCAGUCAAGCCCGGAUCUGGCCAGGCACUACAAGUCAAGCUCUCCACUCCCAGCAGUGCAUCUCCAGCCCCACUCUCCCCCAGCUGAGGGGAAGAAGCACCAGGCGGUCCAAGAGCUGCCACCCUCCAACACCUUCGUGGGCAGCGGGGGUUGCGUGGGGAGUGCCGGGUCCAGCAGCAGCAGCAGCGGGGGCAGCGGAAAUGCUGAUGCCAUGUCCCUCGGAUCUGACCAGUGCUCAGAGUACGGCUGCCAAACCGGGAACAAGUACAGCAAACAGGGGACCCUUCGCCGAGUGACCUUCUCAGUCGUCAGCCAGCCUCAGGACGCCGGAUGCUACGACAGCGGCCUGGAGGACUCAGAGACUCCGAGCAAGAGUUCAUCAGGGCCACGGCUCGGCGCGCCGUUACCGGAGGAAGGCUACGAAAAGACCACGCCAGAGGGUAGCGUGGGAGAGGAAGAGCACGUGGAGAAUGAUGCCAGACAGUUGCCAGAUGUAGCUCUCACAGGAAAGUGUACCCAAGAAUGCGAUGAGUUUGGUCAUUCUGAUACUUGCUGGAUGCCUGUUCGUGCCUCACCUCGCCAACGUCAGCGCCAUGGCAGUGACCCCCCACGACUCUCAACCUUCGCCCCAGGCGACAACAACAACAACCUCCGAGGUAACGACCAUGAGAGCGACAGUGAGAGUGCUGGUAGUGCAGGGAGCUCGGAGCCCAGAGUGGUCGUCAGUGGAGAAGGUCAACGGUUACCCUUAGUGAACGGGGAUCCUCUCGGCACCCUGGGUAGUGGGGACCGCAACAGGAACAUGGGUGAUCACAACCGUAACCUUCUGAACCGCAAGAUGACCUCGGCAUCCUACGACACUUUUAGCAGCGCGGGUUUUGGGAGGCGCCAGCCAGAGGAAGAAGGAGGAGAAGGCCAGAACCCACCUGAGGUCAUACCUCUGACGCGGACGGGAGGGGACUACAAGACCACAUCCUGCCUUACGUUGUCACGCCACGAGGUCUACCUGUGACAGCCUUGCAACGGAGCAAUCACAGCGCCACUUCCCUUUUGGAGACGGUACUGACUUCACGGGAAAAAGUGUGCACACAUCAACUCGAAAAGCCUUUUAAACCUGUGAAGAUGUGAAAAUGUCAGAAAAUAUGUUCUCCAAAACUCAUAUUAAAUUGGAUCUUGGAUUUUAACUCAUAUUUAUAGGUACUUAAGAUUAAACUGGCGAUGCAUCAUCUUGAGAAAACUCUGACCUGGAGUACUAUGGAAACUGAACAAGACUUUUUAUAUAACUGGUGAACACUGCCAAGAGGCAAACAUGCCAUCGGCAUCAUCCCUUCUUCUUGCUAUUGGAAUUCAAUGCAUGCCUGACCCUCUGCUAUAGGGGGAUCUCUGAGAAGACAGACUGAGCACAUCUUGAUCCAACUGCAAACAAGAUUUGGACUCAGCUAGUGAACAAUUUGCUGUAAAACAGAGGUCUUAUCCAGUGAAAAGAAAGAAGUAACUAGUCAUGUUGAUCAAACUUUCUGAUGUAUAAUCAGCACUAAUGUAACAUGAUGCAGGGACAUUAACCAAUCAAACUGCAAUGUGGAACUACAACUCCCAGGAGAAUCUCUACGCAUGAACAAGCACCAUCAAGUUUGGCCAGUGUACAGGGACAAGACCAAAAAAGGAAACUGAUCCAAAAAAACAAAAAAAUCAGGCAUCAUCUUAAAAAAAAUCCAUUGAAAAAAAAGGUCAAGAACAAAUGAAAAAAAAAUGGGAAAAAAUAAACUUUUUUUUAGAAAUCAAAUGUAAACAUACAGAAGGUUUGAUAGUCCUGCAAUAUUCCAGCGUGUUUGAAAACGUUUUAUUUCUUUGCCUUCUCCACCCAGCUUGGAUGUAUAUAUGUGUGUGUUUUUGAUCCAGUGUCCGCCAACAGUAUUCUAACAGUGCUCAUGUAUCAUAGGUGUUCUCACUCACACGCAUGCACGCACUCACACACGCAGACCAAAGCAUGCGACGCACACUCAAAGGAUGCAUUUUACAGAAUGUGAAAGAUGCCGAGUGCCACCGUUUUAUGAUAUGACCCAGUGGCCGUGUAACAUAAGUAUAUUAGACCUUGUAUUACCUUAUGCACAGGACACAUUAGCACACGCACACAAAUCCACAAGUCUCACACGCCCUUGAUCCUAAUUCUAACAUAUUGCCCCUCAUCGAACUAGCUUAGUGUUUUGCCUGCUCUUUCACUCUUUCCUCCAGCCCGUAUUUAAACAUGAAAUGUAUUUAAAUAAUUGCUCAUCUUUCUGACUGCUGUGUGGGGAUACGUUAAUGGGAAUUUCAAAGACAUCCGCUGUAUUUAAUGACAGAUGAUGCAGGAAUGUGAGAUAUUCUGCAAACUGUAAGUAGGACUCAGAGAAAAAACAAAUUUGUUGGUAAGAAA